AUGAUGCAUCGGACGGUGGUGAUGUACGCGGAGAUCGGAGGCUUCGUGUCCUGCCUUUUUGGCUGGAUCCUGGUGUGCUCCACCGUCCCCACACCGUUCUGGAGUUACUCAGAGAACUUAGGAAGUGUGAUGACCUCCAGUGAUGCCUUCUCCAAUCUGUGGAAGGACUGUCUGUCAGACAACACAGGAGCAACCACCUGCAAGGGUUAUGCCUCCAUGAUGGCUUUGUCUGCGUUCCUCCACAUCUGCAGAGCUCUCACCAUCUCCGCCGUCAUUACUGGCUUCUUUGGAAGCGUCCUCACACUGGUUGGGAUGAAAUGCACUAAAUUAGGAGGGUCAGAGGUCGCCAACGCCAGAGUGACCUUUUCAGGCGGCAUAACCUACCUGGUGUCAGGGUUCUGUGGCAUGAUCACCUACUCGUGGUGGGCCAAUACAAUCAGAGUACAGUUUGUCAAUCCACAAUUCAUGGGUGCAAAGCAUGAACUUGGAGCUGCUCUUUUCAUUGGCUGGGGAGGCUCCAUCCUUCUGAUUCUUGGAGGAGCUGUGCUGAUUUACUUCUCUGUAAAAGAAGCUCUGCCAUCAAGUUCCCAGAAACGGAGGCCGGGUUCUCACACCACCGGCCGCACCAGACGGACAUACAUGUUGCCCAGAUUGACCCUGGCAUCGUCGCUGCUUUACGAAGGCAGGCAGAGCCGAACUACCAGUGCUACGACAAAGAUGGGUCGGGCCUACAGCAGAGACAACUUUGUCUGACCUGCACAGUGGCGGAGGGUAGGUGGAGCGUACCAUUUUUCCCACAAGAGCACAGUAACAGACACUUGGCAUCACUGGCUUUGCAUAUAAUUACUUCUCAUCUUUUUAUUUACAGUAAAUCAAGUAGGAUAUGUGUUUCCUUAGUAUUGAACUCAAUGAACUGAGUGGAUGCAGUCAAGUUUAAAUUUAAAAAGCAAAAUCUUUACUUCUUUUAUUAUUACUUUAUUAAUUAUAGAAACAUAUAAGUUAAAAUUUUAGUCAAAGUUUCAGAAAUACAAGAAAAGUACUGACAAACACAACCAACCAAUUAAAGUUAAAUGAUUUGGAAUAAAGUAAACUAUUCUUUGGUUAAAUUUCUUAUUUGACUGUAGUCUCCAAACAGAAUUAUAGCAUAUAUAUUAAUAUAAUUGUAUUAUAAUAAGCAUCUUGACAGGAAAUUCAACAACUAGAUUAACUGCUUUUUGUUGUAUUGUAUUGUAUUAGAACUGGUUGGUUACAAGUUAAUUUAUUCUUUUUUAUGACUUAAAUGCAGAGUAUUGUUGGACGAGUGAGCCUACAGUUAAUUGUAAACGGAGCAAUGUAAAUGUCAAACAGAGAAGCCAAACAAAGACUUAGGAUCAGCAGUCACACACAGAGAGGGUGAUGUUAAGGG